AUGGCUGCACUCUUGUUGAGACAUGUUGGCUGUCAUUGUCUCUGUGCCCAUUUUAGUCCCAGGUUCUGUAUCAGAAAUGGAUCUCUUCCCAUGGCAAUAUCCAUUUGUCACUGUGGUACUGGUAUGGCCUUGAGUACAGGGGUCUCCCUUUCUGGCUUGUUGGCCCUCUUGGCUCUGGGGACCUUUCAAUCUCAUUUGGAACUUGUAAAGUUCCUGUGUCUGGGGAGAUCACUGAUCUACACAGCCAAAUCUGCACUUGUCUUCCCUCUCAUGUAUCACACCUGGAAUGGGAUCAAACACUUGGUGUGGGACCUAGGGAAAGGCCUGAAGAUUCCCCAGCUACACCAGUCUGGAGUGGUUGUCUCGGUUCUUACUGGAUUGUCCUUUUCAGGGCUGACAGCCACGUUAAGAGCUGAAGUUCCCAUCACUGGUCUUCCUAUAAAUGAUUCAUUGACCUCUCUUCCUAUGUUACUCCCUUCUCCAGCCAGGGCAAAGUUCUCCUGA